GGCCGAGGAGGCUGAGCUGGUGCCAACCAAUCGUGCACACGUCUUGAAUUUCUUGUUUCUUGUCUGCCAGCCUGCUCAAUGCUGAACGUCGUGUUCGUCGUCUGCAUUGUCUCGGUAUGCCUGCCAUUUUACUUUUGGAUUGAGUUGCCCCCAUCUUCAGUCUGUCGCUGCAUUGAGUGGCCGAUCAUGGUGAUAAUGGCAUGACAUGUGCUGCUAAUCCGGCUGGGAGACCCCACUAUCACAAGCCAAAGCAACGGUGGAAUGAGACAUGGAGAAAACCUCAGCCAUAGCCCACUAGAGAUGGGCCUGUGCCCAAUGCCGUGCCGAGAGAUUGGCGUGGAGCUUGGCUGAUGCUGAAAUAGCUCAGCCUCCACUCAACCCGACCAGGCAAGACGUCACCAAGCAAACAAGCAAAGCAAGCCCUCAAGCAGCUACCGCAGGAGCUAGGCAGGUCCACGGACGACUCGGGUUCAAGCAUGUGCAGCCUAACACCUAGCCACGUCUGCCCCUCGCUCAUUCAACAGGCCCUCGUCGUCAUCCUUCGCUCGUGUCAGAUCCCAAAUAAUCACCGUCACCACCACCAGCAGUAUUACCAGCAGCAUCACCUGCGCAUCCAUCAGUCGUCGUCGCAACACUCGGCGGGUGCCUGUUUGGGACAGCUCGCCCACUUGAUGCAACAGGGACCCACCACGCCUCGGAGCUCCAGCCGACAGCGACAUCAGCAGCUUCAUCCUCGACCUCGACCUCAACCUCGGGCGCCAGCACGGGCCCGGUCUUCCUUCCUCUCGCCCUUGCUAUUAAUACUCGCCCUCCUCCUCCCACUCCUCGCCAUCGCCGCCUACCAGCUACUCACCACCACCACCACCACCACAACCACCCGACCCACCACCCCCUGCUUGCCCAACAUGCCCUGCAAGCAGAACCUCAACGUCCCAGAGAGCUGGCGCUCCGGCCUGGGGCCCCUCCACAUGAUCCAGAAGCCCCCCUUCACCGUCGACGCCCCCGGCGCCCCCGAGAUCGACGGCGAGACCAAGCCGCGCCGCAACCUCAAGGCCAAGGAUGCCCUCGAUGACCGCCCGUCCCCCGAGGUAGACACCGUCUUCGCCCUCGUCAAGCAGAGCGCCGAGGAGCACGCCGGCGACAGGUGCAUCGGCACCCGCAAGCUCAUCAAGAUCCACGAGGAGACUAAGAAGGUCCCCAAGGUCGUCGACGGCGAGACCCAGAUGGUCGACAAGAAGUGGCAGUACUUCGAGCUGUCAAACUACACAUUCAUCACCUACGGCGAGUACGAGACACACCUGCUCAACCUGGCCUCGGGCCUGCGCCAUCUGGGCCUGGGGAGGGGCGACAAGGUGCACAUGUUUGCCUCCACCAGCGCCAACUGGCUGGCCUUGUCGCACGCCUGCUCUUCCCAGACCUUCGCCAUCGUCACCGCCUACGAUACCCUCGGCGCAGAGGGCGUCGAGCACACCCUGGUCCAGAGCAAGCCCAAGGUCAUGUUCACCGACCCCCACCUGCUCAAGACGGCCUCCCGGGCGCUGAGCAAGGCCGACACCAUCAAGAUCGUCGUGUACAACGACCAGUCUAUCGCACUGCCCACCCCACAGGCUGAGAUCGACGCCUUCAAGUCCUCCCACCCGAACCUUACCGUCCUGAGCGUCUCGGAGCUAGCUUCCCUCGGCCAAGAAAACCCUUACGACCCCGUGCCGCCGACCCCCCAAGACAUGUACUGCGUCAUGUACACAUCCGGAUCGACCGGCCCGCCCAAGGGCGUCUCGAUGACACAUGAGGGCUUCGUGGCCGCCGUGGCCGGCCUGGUGGGCGUCAUUGGCGACAGCGUUAGCCCAGAGGAGGUCGUCCUGGCCUACCUGCCCCUGGCCCAUAUCUUCGAGAUGGUCGUCGAGAAUCUUGUCCUCUACUUCGGCGCGACGAUGGGCUAUGGAAGCGCCCGGACCUUGUCAGAUCAGAACGUCCGCAACUGCAUGGGCGACAUGCGAUCGCUCUCCCCGACGAUCCUGGUCGGUGUCCCCCAGGUCUGGGAGACGAUCAAGAAGGGCGUCAUGGGCCGCGUGAACAGCGGGUCGCUCCUGGUGCGCAGCCUGUUCUGGGGCGCCUUCAACACCAAGUCCUUCCUCGUCAGCCACAACCUGCCGCUGCAGACGAUAUUCGACGGGCCCAUCUUCGGGCAGGUGCGCAAGCUCACGGGCGGCCGGCUGCGGUUCAUCAUCAACGGCGCCAGCGGCAUCUCCAAGGAGACGGCGCACUUCAUGUCCAUGAUCGUGGCGCCCAUGCUGGCGGGCUACGGCCUGACCGAGACGGGCGGCAACGGGGCCGUGACCUCGCCCCAGCAGUUCCGGCUGACGGGCUCGUGCGGGCCCCUCUCCACCGCCAUAGAGUGCAAGCUGGUGAGCAUCCCGGAGCUCAACUACUCGACGUCGACGACGCCCCCGCAGGGCGAGAUCUGGGUGCGCGGCAAGCCCGUGCUCAAGGAGUACUACAUGAACCCGGAGGAGACGGCCAAGGCCGUCACGGCCGACGGGUGGUUCAAGACGGGCGACAUCGGCGAGUUCGACGACGUCGGCCACCUCAAGAUCAUCGACCGCGUCAAGAACCUCGUCAAGCUCCAGGGCGGCGAGUACAUCGCCCUCGAGAAGCUCGAGGCCACCUACCGCGGCUCGCGCGCCGUCCAGAACCUCAUGAUCCACGGCGACUCGGACCACCCCCGGCCCAUCGCCGUCAUCUUUGUCAGCGAGCCCGUCAUCAAGGAGAUCGCCGCCGGGCUCGGCGUGUCGGGCGGCGCGCACCAGCUCGUCCGCGACCACAAGGUCCGGGGCGCCGUGUUCAAGGACCUCAUCGCGCAGGGCAAGAACGCGGGCCUCACUGGGCUCGAGACGAUCAGUGGCGUGGUCCUGACGGACGAGGAGUGGACGCCUGAGAGUGGCCUCGUCACGGGAACACAAAAGCUCCAACGGAGGGCCAUCCGGGAGAGGUACGCAAAGGAGAUCGAGGAGGCCUUCAAGGGGUCAUAGGCAAUGUCUUCUGCCUCGGCUUCUACGGUCACGAGGCCGAUGAGGUCGGUCGCCCUGACUGUUUGGCUUGUUUGUGGCGUUGCUUCGUUCUGUUGUUGGCGUGGCGUUUAGGUUGUGUUGUGUUGUGCUGUGCUUUCCUGUCUAUAACUUCUCUCGUAUUACCACCCCCCAACAUCUUUUCCCCAUGGAACCCCUAUUAAGCUUGGAUACUUUUAUUGUGUACAAUACCCCCUUUUCUGUAUUAUCACACCCCUGGUGCCGGUAGAGGCACCCUGAUAGGCUUAAAAUGGGAAUGGUUUUGGACAAUACGGACAUUGGGGCUUGUAUCAUUAUGUUUCUUGUACAAUGAUGAAGUCCCUUUGGUAACUGGCCUCGGACCACGGAGGGGAACGAGGGUGUGUGUGCCUUGUGUCUUGAUACUGUGUGGAAUUGACCUGCGGGAGCACAGCCCGCUUCUUCCUGCAGUCGGCUGGCUCACCACUGAGAAAUCACUGCCCAUGGGCCGGGACUUCCACAAGGACCCCGGCGAGGCGCCGGCAGCGUCGCACCACGAACCCGUAGGCUGGGGACUCCACACGAGGCACAAAGUGCAUGCGGCCAAGCACGAGCACGGCAGAUCAAAAAGGUUGACAACACGCUAGAUUAAAAGGAAGAUGGAAGGCAUCGAGAAAAAGUCAGGUAGGUAUCCAGGAUGAAGGGGGUAUGCUACUCCAACAACAAAAAAACGGGCUU